AUGUCUUUGUCGUUCGUGUUAUUUACGAUCGUGUGUGGCCUGUUGGCAUACCUCGUCAGCGUGUUGAAUAAGAAACGCUCCUAUUGGCAGUCAUUGGGCAUCCCGUGCGAGGAACCCCAUUUCCUGUUCGGCAGCCUGUGGGGUAUUCAGACAUCACGUGGAUUUUGGGAGAUCUGGGAACAAUACUAUAAUCGUUUUAAGGGCAUGGGUCCAUUUGCCGGCUUCUAUUGGUUCUUGCGUCCGGCGGUCUUUGUCUUAGAUCCCGAAUUGGUGAAGAAUAUUUUAAUUAAGGAUUUCACAAAAUUCACCGAUCGUGGUUUCUAUCACAACGAGAAAGAUGACCCAUUGACGGGUCAGUUGUUCCUUUUGGACGGUUCGAAAUGGAAAAAUAUGCGAAAUAAGUUGUCGCCCACAUUUACCUCGGGCAAGAUGAAAUUUAUGUUUCCCACUGUGACCAAGGUGGGAGAAGAGUUCAUUGAGGUGUUGAAUCACAUGGUGGCCGAGGAGGGUAGUGUGGUGGAGGUCAAGGAUUUGCUGGCCCGUUUCACUACAGAUGUCAUUGGUACCUGUGCCUUUGGCAUUGAGUGCAGUAGCCUUAAGGACCCCAAUGCCGAGUUUCGGGUCAUGGGUAAGAAAUUCUUGGUGGAACAGAGACACAAUCGUUUGGUCAUAGCCUUUAUGGCCAGUUUUGUGGACUUGGCCCGGAAAAUGGGUCUCAAACAGACCCCCGACGAUAUUGAGGCAUUCUUUAUGCGCAUUGUACGCGAAACGGUAGAAUACCGCGAGAAGAAUAAUAUUCGCCGCAAUGACUUUAUGGAUAUGUUGAUCGAUUUGAAGAAUAAGAAGCUCAUGAAAUCCGAUCAUGGUGAUGAGUUGACCAAUCUGUCGCUGGAGGAGAUUGCCGCUCAGGCUUUUGUAUUUUUCAAUGCAGGCUUUGAAACCUCUUCGACCACUUUGGGUUUUACUUUGUAUGAGUUGGCCCAGAAUCAGGAGAUUCAGGACAAGGCCCGAAAGGAGGUGUUGGAGAAAUUGGAGAAGUAUCAAGGGGAGCUGAGCUAUGAGUGUAUGAAGGAAAUGCAUUAUUUGGAGCAGAUAUUGUCAGAAACCCUUCGCAUGUACACCGUCCUGCCCAUUCUGAAUCGCAUGGCCCUGGAGGAUUAUGUGGUGCCGGGCAAUCCGAAAUAUGUGAUCAAAAAGAAUAUGCAAAUCCUCAUCCCCGCCGGAGCCAUACAUCGCGAUGAACGUUACUAUCCCAAUCCGAAUACAUUCAAUCCCGAUAACUUCUCCCAUGACAAAGUCACGGAACGUGAUUCAGUGUUGUUUUUGCCCUUUGGCGAAGGACCGCGUAAUUGCAUCGGCCUGCGUUUUGGCAAAAUGCAAGCCCUCGUCGGCCUGGCUCUGCUGUUGAAAAAUUUCCGUUUUUCCGUUUGCCAGGAAACCCAAAUUCCCCUGACCUAUAGCAAGGAAUCAUUUUUGAUAAGUACCGAUAAGGGUAUUUAUUUGAGGGUUGAAAAAAAUUAAAGCGGCGUAAUUUUUGUAAAUAAUUGUAACAAACAUUAAACAAACAAAUUGAAAUUGUAAUAAAAAAAGAAAACAAAAA